GAGGGGAGAGAGAGAGGAGGCAGAGGAAAGAAAGCAGGAGAGAGUGAAGGGGGACGGGAGUGUGAAAGGACUCUGGAAACUGCUGAAUGAGGGGGAAAUAUUGUGGUUUCUCCUUAAAGUUGCACUGAAGGAAGCACAGUCAAUCCUGAAUAAUGGAUUUCGUCCUUUAAAUCUGACUUUUAACAUAAACUUACAAGGGCCUUACAGAGGACCUGCUAUAUGUGACAAAUUGCCCAAAUAUGGGAGACCUUAUGCUGGGGAACGGAGCUUGCAUAGACUGGCAGAAACGAUGUCUCACCCUCGAGACCCAACUCUACAAAUUUCGCCUCCAGGCCACCAAGAUCCGUGAGCUGCUUGCUGAGAAGAUGCAAGAGCUGGAACAGAGUGUAUAUGAAGCAGAGCAGCGAGCAGAGAGUGCAGAAAAACAGGUCAGAGUAAUGGAAGAAAAACUCAAGCUUGCUAAUAUAAAGACAGGUGAAUCAGAAAACGCUUUUUAUAAAAGGUACCAAGAGCUGACCAUCAUUGUCCAAGAGAAGGAAGAUCUCAUUCAGAGGCUGGAAUCUUUGUUAGAGAAGCAGAUGAACCUCAGAUCUCAGGAAGCAAAGGUUAUUGAGGAGAAAGCUGCAAAAAUUAAAGAAUGGGUAACAAUUAAGCUAAAGGAGUUGGAGAUAGAGAACUAUCAGCUGAAACUCUUCAAUCAAAAGCAGCUGGAACAGAUGCAAGUGCUUGAGGAUGCCCUGCAGGGAUGGGGAAAAAUAUCUUCAGUAGAAACCCAAAGCUCCACCACAUUCACAUCAGACACAUUAUCCUGUCAUAAUAAGGACCAGAAGCCUCAAGAACUUGAUCAUUGUGUGAAGCAACAUGUAAACCAUGAAGUUGCUGGUCCUGAACACCCGGGGAAAGCUACAAUUGUUGACAAUGAGUUUCCUGUUACAGACAGCCUUAACAGUACAUCUCCUUCUCAAGGUCCUUUAAGAACCACAGCUGAAAUCACUGCAGAAGAUGAGACGUCAGAGUCAUCAAUAGACCCUUUAGUAGCAACCACUAUGAGAGUUAAGGAAGCUCUUGCUCUACAUGCUUCUUGUGAUAGCAAAAGUAACUCUAGCACUUCCAGUAGUACGAAUCCUACAUCUGACCUGGGAAACUCAUCAGAUGAGCUUAACUGCAAAUUCCGUUUACAGAGACUUGACUCGUCCUCUUCAUCAGCGGAUACGAAUGCACCUAGCCCAAUUUUGAUUCCUACUUUAGCAACAAAGUAUUCAUCCUGUACAAUGCCUUUGACCUCAACUUCUUCGAUACAGUUGCAUUUUCCAGUAAGAGAAUUUAGCUUAGGGACCAGCAUGACUUUACCAAAAGUCAGAACCCCUUCUAUCCCCAGAGACAGUAUUCAGCUUGCAAAAAAACAUUAUAGUCAACCACAACCAGGAGCAGAUCGAUUUCACCAUAUUGUUAAUAUUGAUAUCUGCUCCUUUAAGCCAAUUGCCUUGCCGCAGCAGACUAUACAAGCUGAGGAAACUGAUAUUGAUGAUGUGCCUGAAAAGAUGGAUAUGGAGGAGUCGCCAUGUGGUUCUGUAGACAAGGACAUGAAUCAAACUGCUGAGGAGCUAUUAAAUGAGUUUGAGAACUGUGAGAACAGUACCAUGGAGCCAGGAAGUAAACCUCCAACACCACCACUACAUAGAUUCCCAUCUUGGGAAAGCCGUAUCUAUGCUGUAGCCAAGUUUGGGAUGAGACUUUCUGAAGGAAGUUUUGGAAAUGAACCUCCUGGUCCUUAUUCAAGUGUGAUGUACUGUCCACCUCCAAGUCCAUUUGCUUACCUUAUCUACAAGAACUCUACUGCGCCAGUCUAUACAACACUAAAGGGUAAAGCCACUCAGAUCAGCAGUGUUCCAUUCUUGGAUGAGUCGUCGGGGUCUGAGGAUGACAACACCUCACAUGCCAGUUUGAGAACGUCUAUUGCGGGGUCAGAAGUAAAGAAGAACAGUGUGCCAGGAAGCCCGAGAGCCAUGAAAAGAGGCGUCUCUGUGUCAUCGAUGAGUUCAGAAAGUGACUAUGCGAUACCUCCUGACGCCUACUCUGUAGACAGUGAUUAUUCAGAGCCUGAACACAAGCUCUUACGGACGUCGUCUUAUUCUAUGGAAGGGAUUUGCUCAGAACCUCUUGAAAAGUCUGGAUACUUGCUGAAGAUGGGAAGUCAUGUUAAGACCUGGAAGAGAAGGUGGUUUGUUCUGAGGAAUGGGGAGAUCUUGUAUUACAAAUCACCUAGUGAUGUCAUUCGGAAGCCCCAAGGUCAAAUCGAGCUAAAUUCCUCCUGCCGGAUUGUUCGUGGUGAAGGAUUGCAAACCUUUCAGCUCAUCACAGAAAAAAAGACCUAUUACCUCACUGCUGACUCACCCAACAUAUUGGAGGAAUGGAUCCGUGUGCUCCAAAAUAUUCUAAAAAUUCAGGCUGCUGGACCUAUGUUACCUCAGAGUGACAACAAGUCUACUGUGAAAGGCUGGCUAACCAAAGUGAAACAUGGUCAUUCCAAAUUGGUCUGGUGUGCACUGAUCGGCAAAACAUUUUACUAUUAUAGAAAUCAUGAAGACAAGUGUCCAUUGGGGCAGCUGAAUGUACGAAAGGCAAAGGUGGAAGAAGUUGAUAGAUCAUGUGACUCCGAUGAAGAUUACGAGGCUAAUGGUAGAGGGUUCCUUUCUUCGCAUUACACUCUGGUCAUUCACCCUGAAGAUCAAAGCCCAACAUACCUGUUGAUUGGCACCAAGCAUGAAAAGGACACCUGGCUGUACCACCUAACUGUGGCAGCUGGAAGCAAUAAUGCCAAAGUGGGUACAAUGUAUGAACAGCUUGUAGGAAAACUCCUAGAUGUGGAAGGUGAUUCAGCCUCUGCCUUGUGGAAGCAUCCGAUGCUCUGUUACAGUAAGGAUGGCUUGCACAGCUCACUCACAACCCUACCAUCAGAAGCUCUACAGACUGAGGCUCUUAAGCUUUUCAAGUUGUGCCAGCUAUUUAUAAAUGUGCCAAUUGAAGCAUCAUCUAUAGACUAUCAUGUAUCACUGGCACAGACAGCACUGCAGGUGUGUCUUACACAUACAGAGCUACAGAACGAGAUGUAUUGUCAACUCAUAAAGCAAACAAGUAGCAGACAGCCACAGAACUACUCUCUCAUACAGUGUUGGCAGCUAUUAGCCCUGUGUGCAGCUGUAUUUUUACCUCAGCAUCAUUUCCUUUGGUACUUAAAACAACAUCUGCAGAGACAUGCAGAAACCAGAAAUGAAAUUGGCAAAUAUGCCAUAUACUGUCAGCGAUCAGUGGACCAUACCUUGAGGGCGGGGGAUAGGGAGGCAAGACCUUCACGCAUGGAAAUUGUGUCUAUUUUGCUGAGGAACCCAUAUCACCAUUCUCUGCCAUUUAGUAUUCCAGUGCAUUUCAUGAAUGGGACUUACCAGGUGGUGGGCUUUGAUGGCUCAACAACAGUAGAAGAAUUCCUUCAGAUGUUAAACCAGGAUACCGGAAUGAGGAAAUCCUGCCACUCUGGAUUUGCUCUUUUCACAGAUGACCCCUCUGGCAGAGACCUAGAGCACUGCCUGCAGGGGAAUAUUAAGAUAUGUGAUGUCAUUUCAAAGUGGGAGCAGGCAUUGCGAGAACUUCAUCCAGGAAAAUAUGAAGGCACGAGGAUAGUGAAACUAACUUACAAGAACAGAGUGCAUUUUAGAGCCCAGUGUAAGGGGGAAACUGAUCGGGAGAGGCUGCUGCUUGCAUAUCAGGUCAAUGAUGAAAUAGUCAGCGGGAGGUUUCCUGUCGAUAAGGAGUUGGCUCAAGAAAUGGCAGCUCUAAUGGCUCAGGUGGAACAUGGUGAUCUAGAUAGACCAGCACCAUCAAGCCCUGGAGGACCAUCUCCAUGUAAGAUGCAGCAUCCCUUGCAGCAAGUCUUGGAUAGAUUCUACCCAAAACGCUACAAGCUAGGACUGACAGCAGAUAUGCUAAGAAGGUUAGCUGAUAGUGUGGCAGCUAAGUGGACAGCACUCCGAAGCUGCUCAGGGACAGAAUGUAUCCGUACAUAUCUAACAGUGGCAAGAAAGUGGCCUCUCUUCGGAGCAAAGCUUUUCACUGCAAAAGCUUCUCUGCCCUCUCCUGCAUGUGAUGAACCCAUAUGGAUUGCUGUGAAUGAAGAUGGCAUCAGUAUUCUAGAUUACAGCACAAUGAAGGUGACGGCAUCCUACCCCUACUCUUGUGUGAUGACGUUCGGAGGUUGCCGAGAGGACUUCAUGAUUGUAGUGGAACAACAUAGUGACAGCUGUACUGUGAAGAGCACCAUUUUAAAACUGCUGUUCACAAUGACAAAAGCCAAGAUAGCAGAGGUCACACUAUUAAUUGCAAACUACAUAAACUACUAUGCAUCUCAGCAUGGGGCUGCGCCACAUCACACACUCAACUUAAUGUCACCUCCAAGAAGCACAUCCGUGAAAAAGCUCUGGGACUCUGAGAGCUGCAGCCUCCUUCCUGCUGCCCGCUGUACCAAGGGUCCGACGCUAUUGUGAGGGUCCCUCCUGGGAAUAAUCCCCACCUCAUACCAUGCAGACUUGUUAUGUAAAGCCAACAGUCGCUCAUCGCCAGUGACAGAGUGCAAGACACUGUUUUUUUUCUUUUCUCUGCACUGCUAUUUGAUUAGCUGUCAAUAUUAGCGAGAUCAGAAAACAGCUUCAGCUAUUAUAUGGCAGAAUAAUCAUUUGUUCUUUUGAUAUACAGAUACAGCAAAGAGCCAUUCCAAUAAUGUCAAAAUAUGUUAUAUUUUAUUAAUAAAAAAAAUAAUUAAUAUUUGUAAUUCUGCCCCACUAGAUUGCUUACCAGAGUUUUGAAACAUCUUCUAAUAACUGAUAAACAAGACAGCAGAAUGGCUGGGAAAACUCAAUAGGACAGUAACCAAACCAUUGUUGUGCAGUAACCUGGGAGGAAGGUCAGCGAAUAAACCACAUUCAUCCAUUAGGCCAAGAGAAAAACAUAUGUGGAAAUGCAUCUGUUACACAGAACGUUUCAUAAAAUAAAGCAUUGUUACUUCUGUUUGGCCCAUACAGAAACAUAAUAGUCAAAUAAUGUUUUUCUUUGCCCUAUUAGCGAUUAGCAAUUUAUUUAAAGACGUGGUUUUACAACCUACAGCAAAUCUAUUGAUAGAGCAUGAGAGCUUAUUGCCUAGUUUUGUAAUGAGUUUAAUUACAGCAAAGUAUAGAUAAGAAUAAACUUGUAUUCUGAAAUAGGUACUUAAUAAUGUCUGCACUGAUGGUACAGUGAUAAGGGAGAAGUAAAGAUUAUUUUGGUAGCCUUUUUACUGAAAAUCUAUGUAAAAAUGACUAUAUUAUUGCAAACAAUACUACUUAUUAUAGAAGUGUCCAACCAAAACAAUGCAGUUUGACUACUAUAAUAAGUAGUGUCACAGUACCACUGCUUUUUAAUUUUACAAUUCUUAUAGUGCUCAGCCAUUAUUUGUUGAAAAUGGUCAGAAUAUAAAAUGCUAAUAAUGUUUGGAGGUUUGAAUUCCAGGCUAUAGCAUAAAGUAAUGUAGUUUAAUUCUUUCACCACAAGAGGGUGCAACAGGGUUAAUUAAUAUUCAUUUACAUCUAAAAACGUCAAGCACGUGUUUAUUUGACAAGGGUUUCUACAAAUAUUAUUUGAAGUUCUUACCUAAAAGUUGUUAAGCCUGCUCAAAAAAGCGCACUACAAAUUUCUAUAAAUGAUCAAAUCUUUAACUGUGAAACGUGGUUGCAUUGCUGAUGUUGUGGGCAAAAAAUGUAGCUUAGAAACCACUUGUAGAAAGCAAUAUCCUUAUCUUUUGAGUUUAAUUCCCAAUACUUUUUUUUUGUACAAUCACACUAUACACAGUACAUCUGUAAAAUGAGUUACAGGCAGCAGUGAGAAAUAUUGCCACAUCUGUGUACUGCAAAUAUAUUUACUGGUCAUAUGAAAUGAAAGGUGUAUAAAAGUGCACAAAUGAAAAUGAUGUAAUGUGUUAGACCAGGGCUCGACAAACCCAGGAGCCAGGAAGUCACUGGCUCCUAAAAUUUUACCCCUGGCUCCUAAAUUUCCAUAUAUCUAUAUACAAAUACAACUGUCUGGCCUCUAAAUGUACGUCUGGCUCCUACAUUUUAAACAGAUUUGUCAACCCCUCUAUUUUAUUAUUGCACUAUUGCCUGCAUAUGACACACAGUCAGCUUGAGAGCUGCAAUGCACUACCUGUAUAUGUCUAGUGAGCCAAUGAGUAGAGGCAUAUGUGUGUAGCUACUCAUCACCAGCUAACUCUCAGUAGUGUAUUGCUGCUCCUGAGCUUAUCUAGCUAUGCUUUUCAACAAAGGAUACCCAAGAAAACUAAGUACAUUUUAUAAUAGAACAGUAAAUUGGGAGAUUUAUAUAUAUUUUUGACUUGCAUAUCCCUACGUUUACCACCUACGUUUAUCCCACUACACUUGUAAAAAUUAUUUAGUAUUUAUGGUGUUUACUACUGUGCGACUGGGUUACUGUAUGUGACCUGCAACGAUUCUGAAUGUUUAGCUAUUGUUUUUGUUUCGCUAGCUGCUGAUUUACCUAGAACUGGAACACUUGACGUACAUAACGUUUACUAUGACAUUUUUGUUUUAGAGAACAUGAAUUUAUCUUUAAAAUUAGAAGGAAAAAAAACUAGUUUAAAAUUGUUAUAAUUUCCUUAGCUUCUAAAACUUUUCUCUUUAUUGACUUUUUUUCAUAUUAAACUCGAUAGGGAUUCUGUAAACAUUAUGUUAAAAUAAAGAUGUAUGAGAGUCUUACAAGCUACUUGUUUUAUCUACGUUUUAUUCUUUUGGAACUAUACAAUAUUAACCGAGCAAACGUUUGAAUUGCAUCUACAUUAUCAUUUCUGUCAUGCUUGUGCAACGUAUUUUUUUUCUUCAACCAAUUUACGGCAUUAGGGCGUUCCAUCUCGUCCUUACAGCGCUGGGCUUUUAUUCCAUUAGGAUGGCAUAGAACGUCCUACCUUAUAUGGUAUACAGCAUUUUUUCUCAACCGCGGUCCUCAAGUAGCCCCCAACAGGCCAGGUUUUCAUUAUAGCUGAACUAGAGCACAGGUGAAAUAAUCAGCUGAUGGGUGAGAGCAGGUUAGUAACUAUGGCUACUGAUCAGCUGAUUACUUCACCUGUGCACUAGUUCGGCUAUAAUGAAAACCUGGCCUGUGGGGGGUAUAUGAGGAUUGUGGUUGAGAAACACUGGGGUACUGCAGCCUCCUUUUUAUUUAUUAUAUUUUCAGUGGCAUAUGCAGAUAUGCUGUAAGGGCCCUGUACACCAGCAUUUGAGCACCACACCCUCUUGGACAGUCAGCAAUGGCUUGUAUGACAUAAAUUAAAGGGGCAUGAACACUUUUUUUUCAUUAUGCAGAUAGAGCAUAGAAUUUCCAAUUUACUACUAUUUAAGUUGCUUAGUUCUCUUGUUAUCCUUCGCUGAAAAGGAUACCUAGGUGGACUCAGAAGCUGUGAGCUAGCUGUUGAUUGGUGACUGCACAUAUGUCUUGUCAUUGGCUUACUGAUAUGUGCAGCUAGCUCCCAGUAAUCAACUGUUACACCUUUGAUAAAGGAUAACAAGAGAAUGAAGCAAAAUUGAUAAUUGGAGUAAAUUGGAAAGUUGUUUUAAAAUGUAUGCUCUAUCUGAAUCAUGAAAGAAAGAAAAAAAUGGGUUUCAUGUCCCUUUAAGUCUUCACUGAUGCAAUACACACCAGGCAUGAAUCCUUAUCUAAUCACACAAAGCAUAUGUGCGUAUGCUGCCGAAACAAUAACUUUUACUAGAAGCAUUUUUACUAAUGGAAGUAUAUUGCAAAAAUGCUUCAACUUAAAACUGGAAUGCAGUUGUGCAUAUUAAAAAAUGACUUUAAUUUGUACUGUAAGUCUGCAAUGAAACCAAUGAAGAUACAGAUUUUUUACUAAAAUGGAACAUCAGAGAGGGUAGUAAAUCCCAGACUUGCUAUCUGCUGAUUACUGGCUGUGAUGUAACAGAAUCCUUUAAAAGGUUCAUGCAAUAAUUAGACAUGCUGUGGAAACUAUAAAGACCAACAUUAUGUUUGUGCACAACUAGUUCUGCUGUUUGGUGCUAAAAUAUAUUAACCUUUUAAAGCCGUUAUGCCGUUCCAUUCCGUCAUAAUUAGACUGGGCUUUAAAGCCGUUAUGACGGAAUGGAACGUCAUAACUAACGGCUGUCCUGAAGCCUUCUGUGCUUCAGGGAUUUAAUCGCGGUCUGGAGGGCGUUCCUAGGAUUGUAGGGACGCCCCCCAGAUGCGAUCCAAUAAUUGAAAUCUCGCGAUCGUAUGCACGAUCGCGUAGUUUCAAUUUGUCUACAUCGGAACAGUUGUUCCGAUGUAGGCACUUUAACCCUGUCACGAAAGGGUUAAAGUUAUUUUAUGUUGUUAUUGUGUUUGUACUGUGACAGCCUGAGCCGUUGAGUCUCUUUACACAAUAGAGGGGAGGGUUCAACUGAAGGGCCAGUAAUAUGGGCCUCCAUACUGAGCUUUAAAGGGACAUUAAACCCAACAUUUUUCUUUCAUGAGUCAGACAAAGAAUACAAUUUUAAACAACAUCCCAAUUUACUUCUAUUAUCUAAUUUGCUUCAUUCUUUAGAUAUCUUUUGUUAAAGAAAUAGCAAUGCACAUUGGUGAGUCAAUCACAUGAGGCAAAUACGUGCAGCCACCAAUCAGAAGCUACUGAGCAUAUCUACAUAUGCUUUUCAGGAAAGAAUAUCAAGAGAAUGAAGCAAAUUAGAUUAUAUAAGUAAAUUAGAAAGUUGUUUAAAAUGGUAUUCUCUAUCUGAAUCAUGAAAGAAAAAAUGUGGGUUUAAUGUCCCUUUAAUCCAGCUCAUCUACAGCCUAUAACUAUUCUAGUCCCACAGCUGGAAUAGAGGUAUCCUAUGGUCAUUUAUUUGUGGUGCAUAAAGCAGUUAUUUUAACUUUAAUAUUUACAACCCCUUUUAUUUAAAGGGAUACGCUACAGCUUGUCAUUUAAAGACACUUUUUAAUUCACUUCUAUUUUCAAAUGUGCUUUGUUCACUUGGUAUCCCUUGUUGAAAAAGAAUGUGCACAUAUCCUACACUAGUGGGAGCUGCUGCUAAUUGGUGCCUGCACACAUUUGUCUCUUGUGAUUGGCUGACUAGAUGUGUUCAUCUUGCUGCCAGUAGUGCAAUGCUGUUCAUUCAGCAAAGGAUAAUAAGACUACGAAGCAAAUUUGUUAAUGGAAGUAAAUUGGAAAGUUGUUUAAGAUUGUAUGUUCUAUCCAAAUCAUGAAAGAAAAUGUUGGGGCUUUCCUGUCCCUUUAAGUGCUAAAGUGUUUUAUUAAGCACAGUACAGGGCAAAACAGCUUUGAUAGCUAUUGGUAAUAAUCUAAAAAAACUAUCAAGUCUCAAGCCCUCAUGUUACCUUUUUUAUUUAAUUGAAAGGAAUAUUAAAUGCUAAAAUGUAUUUUCUUUUUACAAUUAAACCUCAUGUAUAGAAAAAGUAUUAUUAAGCACUACACUUGCAGCUGGUGGUGGGUCAGACCGAGCCAUCCGAUUUAUGAGUUGGUUCUCCUUCCCAGGCAUAGGCAGUACUUCCUUUACUUUAGCUCUCCAGUCAUAUCAGGGUUAAACAUUCCUAGAAUAGCCCUGUGUAAUACAAGCAUUAUAAUAGUGCUGAAUAUCUCACUAUGGUUUACAAGCUGUUUACUGAGCUUUUAAAGACACAGUCUACUGUAAAAUGUUCUCCUCUGUAAUGUGUUCCCAAUGAUCUAUUUUACCUGUUGGAGUAUAUUAAAUUGAUUACAAAUACCUCAUUUAGCUUUAUUUUGUCAUUUGAAAUAGAUUAUUUUGCGAUACAAAAGCUGUGUAAAUAUAAUUGAGAAGAAAGUAUACUCCCAGUUGGGGGUUGUUGAGAUAAGUACUCAAAUGUUCAUUUUCAAUUGAUUUCGUUAAGGCCCGGAUUCUAAAAAAAAAUUCUACUUUCUACUCCAACAAAAAAAGGGGACUCACCCAGCAAGUGUCAAGAUUUCUCCCAUACAAAUAAUGAGAGCUCUCUGUUAUGUAAAUGUUUUUUUAGACAUCCAGUGUACUUAAAUUACUAUUUACGCUGUGCAUAGUUAAUAGGAUUUAUUCCUGGGUAAUUUACCUACAAGUUUUAAGUUUUUGAUAAAAUACAAUUUUUGUUGAACAAUUUCGUUAUGAAUUUUGAUACACCUUAAAGAGAUAGGAUAUCCAAAUGUUGAAGAAAUUAAAGGGACAGUCUAGUCCAAAAUAAACUUUCAUGAUUCAGAUGUAAUUUUAAACAAUUUUCCAAUUUACUUUUAUUACCAAUUUUUUGCUUUGUUCUCUUGGUAUUCUUAGUUGAAAGCUAAAACAAGGAGAUUCAUAUGCUAAUUUCUAAGCCCUUGAAGGCUGCCUCUUCUCUCAGGGCAUUUUGAUAGUUUUUCACCACUAGAGGGUGUUAGUUCAUGUGCUUCAUAUAGAUAACAUUGAGCUCACACACAUGGAGUUCCUAGGAGUCUGUCAAAAGAACAGGGGGCAGUUUGCAGAGGCUUAGAUACAAGAUAAUCACAGAGGUUAAAAGUGUUUUUAUGUAACUGUGUUGGUUAUGCAAAACUAGGGAAUGGGUAAUAAAGGGAUUAUCUAUCUUUUAAAACAAUAAAAAUUCUGGUGUAGACUGUCACUUUAAAAGUGAUGCAGCAUAGCUGUAAACAGCUAACUUGAAAAUAUCACCUGAACAUCUCUAUGUAAAAAGGGAAGAUAUUUUACCUCAAAAUGUAUUCACACCCCACUGUAAAGAGACUUUAAGUAGCCAAUCAUAAUGCUAGUCCCAGGACUUGCAAGGGAGUGUGCAUCUGGCAUGUGCAGGCAGAGUCAUGUUAUUUUCCUUUUCGGUUUUAGGAAGUUUACUAUGAAAACGCAUGAUCAAAGCAAUGCAUGACCUCAGUACUUCUGAUUGGCUAUUUUUUUUAUUUAUUUUUUCAGCUUGCAGCCGAAUCAGAACUGUUCACAGAGCACUUACACUAGUGAGCUGAAACAAUUGUGGGGUAAAUUAUCUUCCCUUAUUACAUAGAGAUGUUCAGGUGAUAUUUUCAUGUCAGCUUUUUACAACUAUGCCGCAUUGCUUUCAAGUGAUUUAUCAUAUGGGUAUUAUGUCCAUUUAACAAUACCAUUUUUCCCUGCAUAUUUUUGUGUGAAUGGUUCAAUUAUUAAUUUUGUAAGAUUUUUAAAUUACGAAUUUUAUUGUGAACUUUUGUAAUGUAUGAAUAUCCUUCCCAAAUGAAAAUUCAGUAUAUGCCCCUUAGAGAGACAUCCUGGUUUCAGGGUAAAAAGUGACUUUAUAUAAUUCCACCAGGGAAAUAGGACUAGAGGGCAUUUAUUUAGAAUCUCACCAGCCCAGGGAGGUCUUUUUAUAAUCAGGGGUCUAAGUAUACAAGCAGAGAUAAUAUAAGGAGGCUUUGUGUGUUUGUCUAUAAAGAGUGAUAAAAGAACAAAAAUAGCUAGUUCAUUUUAAAAAAUAAACCUAAAGGAACAAUUUCCUAUUCCUUUUAUACUCUACGCUGGUAUAACAAGUAAUUGUAAACCCAUCAAGAGUAAUCAAGUUUUUAAAGUACACUGUCCCUUUAAGGUGCAAUAUUUAAAAGGCAAUUUUGAUGAAGGUUUGUGAGGAAUUUUCAGUUGAAAGAGGUGAGCUAAAGAAAUAGGACAUCAGAGGACUCAACAAUUAUUUGGAAAUCUCAAUACAAUAAUACCAGAUUCUGCCUUAAAGGGACAUAUUGUAUUUAAUGAUUUGCAUAGAACAUACAAUUUUAAACAUCUUUCCAAUUUACACUAUUAUCAAAUUUGCUUCAUUCUCUUGUUUUUUUGCUAAAGAAACAGCAUUGCACUUCUGGCAGCUAGCUGAACACAUCUAGUUAACCAAUCACAAGAGAUAAAUAUGUGCAGGCACCAAUCAGAUAGCUCCCACUUGUGUAGGAUGUGUGCGUAAUCUUUUUCAACAAGUGCUACAUUUAGCCACCAAUCAGAAAGGGCUACCCAGGUGCUGAACCAAAAAUGGGCUGGCUUCUAAGCUUACAUUCAUGCUUUUUCAAAUUAAGGUACCAAGAGAACAAAGAAAAAAUGCUAAUAGGAGUAAAUUAGAAAGUUGCUUAAAAUUGCAUGCUCUAUCUGAAUCAUGAAAGUUUAAUUUUUUAAUAUCCCUCUGCUCUGCUCCUAUAGAGACAAAGGUUUGCUGAGGUUUCCUGUCAUGAACAAUAGGACUAAGGGCUGAAUUUUCUGACUCUUAGGUCUGGUGAGAAUAACUAAAUAGUCUUGCUAGUACUGAGAGGAUUGUUUUUCUUGCUAAGUUCAGUUUUGGGUGAGAAGGAGAGAUACAUUAAAAUAUAAUGCUGAAAAAAAAUAUUGAAUUAAUUUUCUCUAUGGCAGUGAGUUUUUGAUAAUUAGGUACUAAGUAUUGUUCAGCAAGAGCUAGGCUGUAAACUGCAAUGGAAAGAGGGUCUGUUUGGAAACCUUAGGGCACUCUGGGCUGGGCGCACUACAAUAACUAUUGGCAGUAAAACCCCUUAAAACCACCAUUGACCUCUUUAUACCUAAAAGUCUUACCAAGAAAUGCACUGUAAACAGGGAAUCAGCAUUAACAAACACCUUCCUAUGAGUUUGAUUUGCUUUUGGAAUAUUGCCAGCUAAAAUGUUACAUUUGUGGUAAUUGACAUCAAAUUGUUACAUUAAUGGAGCGCGGUAUAUGUCAGCUUUUAUAUAAAUCUGCUAUGGCUGCUUAAUAUGGUUACAACACCAUAAGCCUACACCAACACUUCAAAAAAAGCUGACAUUUUGAUAGUUUAGAAUCUAAUGAAAUGUUAAGAUGUAUCCCAUCAUUUGGAAAUAUAAGUACUUAAAGGGGUUAGUGGGAGACUGUUUUUGCAUUCUUUUAAGCACUAAGGUAUUAGUUUUUUUAUGAAAUGUAAAAUGAUACCUUUAUUUGGCUAAUAUUUCAGCUUCUUUUUGUACUCUAUUUUACAUACCUCUUAGACGUUGCAUUAUAAGGAGAUAUCAGUUGUAGAUAGUGUUGCUUUGCUGAUCAUUGAUAACCACUUUUUACAUGGACUGGAUACUUGUUACUUGUGCUAAAUAAAAACACUGAAUGUUUUUUUUUAUGUUUCUAAUUUUUUUAAUAAAGAAUCAAUUUUAUUACAA